AUGGAGCGCUACGGCGCCGUGGCCCCCCGGGCGGCGGCCGCCGCCGCCGCCGGGGCCGCGGACGACGCGGACACCAUACCCUUACUCCACGGGGACGUCUCGAUCGCCGCCAAGCGACCGCGAGGCGCGGGCGGGCGCGCAUGGGCGCUCGGCGUCACCGUCGCGUGCUGGCUCGGGGUGUUGGGGACGCUCCAGAUGUUCGCGCAUCCGACGCCCGCGCCCGCGGCCAUCCUCCUCCGAUCGGCCGCCUCGAAGCUCGGCGGCGCCGCCGCCGCCGAGGCGCAUUCCGCCGAACGAGACCGCGAUGUCAUCUCCGGCGACCGCGUUCCGAGGGAGGGCGGCGGCGGCGGCGGCGCGGCGUCCGCGGGCGCGGCAUCCGCGGGCGCGCUCUCCGUGCCGCUCGUCAUCGGGCACAACGCCGUUUUUCAGCGCGCGCCCGAGUCCGCGGCGGUGUGGGGCUGGGCCCCGCCCGGCGCGGCGGUCACGGUGCAAGUCGUCGACCCCGGCCACCAGGGGGACGGCGCCCAUCUCGGACGCGACGGCGCGAAGAAGGACGCCGACCGAGACGAGGCGGAGGAGGACGAGGACGAGGACGAGGACGAGGACCAUCGUCCCGACAGAUCCCGCAAUCCGACGGAAUCCGCGGCGUCUUCGGACGAGCCGGGGAAAACGCGCGGGGCUCCCACGUCUCAAACGCACCGCCACGAGGGCUCCCACCCGAGCGACUGGGUCCUCCACCUCGGCGGAUCCACGCGCGCGAUGGCCACCGCCGUCGCCGACUCCACAGGCGCGUGGACGGUCCGCCUUCCCCCCGUGCCCGCGUCCACCGGCUUGGAGCUCGUCAUCUCCGCCCCGGGCGCGGCGCCGCUCGUGCGUCACAACGUGGCGUUCGGGGAGGUUUGGCUGUGCUCGGGCCAGAGCAACAUGCAGCUCGCGAUGGCGGGCGCCUUCGACGCGGACGCGGACAUCGCGGACUCGGGUAACUACCCGCUCAUGCGCUUCGCGACGCUCAAGAUGCAGGCGUACACCGUCCCGGUGAACGACGUCCCGCCGUACAUCACGGUGGAGCCGUACAAGGACACGAUCUGGGCGACGAGUUCCCCCGAAGCGUUCUACCCGCAAAAGUCCGUCGCGGCGCAGGCGGACCCGACGCUGCCGUACGGCGGCGGGUCGCCCGCGAUGGGUGGUUGGUUCAGCGCGGUGUGCUACACCUUUGGCCGGCGACUGUACCGACACUUCGACGGCACCGUGCCGAUUGGUUUAGUGGACGCCAGCUGGGGCGGGAAGACGAUCGAGGCGUUCGCGCCGCCCUCGGCGAUCAACGCGGACGGUUCCGUCAGGGACGCGUCGUGCGGGACGGGUGGGACGGCGAGCACGGCCACCGCGGACGCGGGUCACUCGGACGGAAUAGACCAGGAAUUAAACCAUCGCUCGGAUUUGGACUUGGACUUGAGUGUGAGGAACAACGACGUGGAGGUGCCGACGGGCGACGACAAGUGGGAGAAGUGGCCGGACCACUGGCGCAUGAAGGGCACCCCCACGGUCGUCGCGAACUACGGCGCGGGGACGGUCGUCGACGACGACGACGACGCGGGUCCGAUCGGGGUCGAGUCGAGCGAGGAGGAGGCGGAGGAGGCGGAGGAGGCGGACAGGGACCCGAGCGGCUGGAGCCGCUCGGGGUCGAAGAGGUCCUCAAACCCAAAGUCGUCGAAGAGUCAUCGAAAGUCCGUCCGAGAGAGCAGGUUGUCCAAGGCGGAAGUGGAGAAGAUGACGAGCGCCGAUUACGUCGCCAAGGGCACGGAGACGCCGCGGAGGAAGACGCUGCUGAAGCUCCUCUCGUCGCUGUGGGAGAGCGCGGACUCGGAGACGCGAGAGAGGUUCAUGGAGAAGCUCACGGAGGGGGAGAUUGGGGUGGUGAACGCGACUGUCGACGUCGCCGGCGUGCCCGCGGAGAUGGACGCUGACGAUGACGUCAGUGUGGCAUCUCCCCCACCGCCGGGAAGCCCGCCGACCCCUGUGGCAUCUCCCCCACCGCCGGGAAGCCCGCCGACCCCUGUGGCAUCUCCCCCACCGCCGGGAAGCGACGUCAGCGCCGUUGCCGUCAGCGCCGUCAACGUCAGCGCCGUUGCCGUCAGCGCCGUCAACGUCAGCGCCGUUGCCGAUCCCACCGCCGCCGAUGUUUCCGCCGCCGUCAAUGUUUCCACUGCAGUCAAUGUUUCCGGCGCCGUCAACGCCACCGCCGCGGUCGAGACCGGGGACUCCGACGAAGAAGCCGAAGUCGGGCACAGGGAGCGCUCCAACGCGAUGGCGAAGGCGGUGCGUUCGAGCCCGAUUAAGCCCGAGGGGGCGGUCCAGCAACCGGCGAAGGGUGCCGCUGCUCAGAAGGUCCAGCAACCGGCGAAGGGUGCCGCUGCUCAGAAGGUCCAGCAACCGGCGAAGGGUGCCGCCCAGGAUCCGGCGAAGACCGCCGUUCAGGAGCCUGCCGCCGCGCAGAAGACCGGGCAGCAGCAGCAGCCGGCCCAGCAGCAGCAGCAGCAGCAGCCCAGCCCGGCGAAAAAGCAACCCCCCGACAACGACAUGGACGACAUCAGCGCCAAGCUCGAUGCCAUCGAGAAGAUGCUGAACGACGAGCUCGCGGAACGCAACGCGUUUGCCAGCGUGCCCCUGGUGAACAUGGACGACGACGACGACGACGACGCGGCGCUGGGGCUCAGCCGUCGCAGACUUCUCGAGGAGAUUGUGGCGGAGAUUGAGGCGAGCGAGGCGGUCACAUCUGCCGGCCCCGUCGUCUCGGGCGGCGCCGCCGAGAACGAUCCGUUCAAAGCCGCGAUGUCCGCGAACGACGCGAAGGGUUCCUUGGGCGGGAACGACCCCGAUCCGUACCUGACGCAGGGCCCGAGCACGAUCUGGAACGGCAUGAUCUACCCCAUCCGCAAGUUUCGCUUCGCCGGCGUCGCGUGGUACCAGGGCGAGUCCAAUUUCGCGGAUCCACUCAAGUACAGCUGCUUAUUCCCCGCGACGAUCACGGCGUGGCGCGCGGGGUUCGAAAACCCGUCCAUGUCCUGGGCCUUUGUCCAGUUGCACGCGUACAACCUUCACGACUGGAGCGAAUUCCGCAACGCGCAGGCGCUCGCGAUCCGGAAGCUUCCGGGCGUCGUCAUGGCGUCCGCCAUCGACCUCGGCGACCCGACGUCGCCGCUGGACCCGAUACACCCGCGGUACAAGCAGGAGGUUGGUCGGAGGCUGGCGCAGGCGGCGAUCGCGUCGCGGUACUCGGACUACGGCGGGGUGCACUACUCCGGGCCCAGGUUUCGAGACGUCCAGCCCAUCGCGGUCGCCCCCGAGGAUAACCACGGGGUCAAGGGACUGGUGUUAAAGUUCGAGGACGGCAACGGGGGCGCCGCUCCCGGGACGACGCACGUCUCCGCGGCGGCGGCGUGCUCGCUGACGGGCUCCAAAAAGUGCUGCGGCGAGUCGCCCUUCGCGGUGGUGGACGCCGACACGGGCCAAAUUUCGAGGGUUCCCUUUUGGGUGGACAACGCGGGUGAUAACGGCGCCGGGAAGGUGGUGCUGUCCAUCCCGGGUAACGUCAAUUCAAUCAAGGAGGUUCGUUACGCGUGGGAGCGGUUCCCGCAGUGUUUGCUGUACAACGGCGUCGGCGGUUACGAGGCGUACACCGACGCGAUGCCGGCUGCUCCGUGGUGUUUUGACGUGGUCACCGGCGCGCCGUGUCCGGUGCGUAACCUGCCAAACCCGUGGGCGGCGGGGGUUCGGACCACCGCGGACAUGGGUUUCACGACGAUGCUCCACAAGCUGCCGGUUCGCGAUCUGAUCCAGUGGGGGCAGAAGGAUUUCGCGGAGGAGUACAGGCCCGCGAGCGCGGGGGGCGGAGCCGGGGCGGGCGAGGGCGCCGACGCGGGUGCGCGGGUGAGCGCCGACGUGGGCGAUGCCCCCGCAUCCGAUGUCGUCGACGUGGGCGAUGCGCCGGCGUCCGAUGAUGUCGACACGAACGAUGCGCCGGCAUCCGAUGAUGUCGACGCGAGCGAUGCACCGGCGUCCGAUGAUGUCGACGCGAGCGAUGCGGAUGCGCCCGCUUCCUACGAGGACGAGAUCAUCAUGGACACCUUGGGCACCCCGGCGUAUAGUCUAUUCACUCCCGGCGUAUAGCCCGUUCUGACUAAGAGUUGAUUCGAUUC